AUGUCGCACUCGCAGCACUUCCUCUGCCACAGCGACCUCGUCCAGAGCACGGGCGUGCUCUUCAGCCUCAUGGGACCCUUCGUCUCGCCGGGCGUCUCGGACCUGCUCGUCGUGUACGCCCAGCGGCUGGACGUGUACCGGCUCGAGACCGCGGUGGCCGCCACUGACGCGGUCGUCUUGCAUUUACUGCACAGCUUUCCGCUUGCAGGUGUGGCCGAGUCGGCGAACCUCGUGUACGUCAAGAAGAAGACGUGUCCGUGCUUGGCGCUGACGUUCGCCUCGGCCAAGCUCGUGCUCGUGCGCUUUGACAGCGAGACGGCUUCGCUCGUGACCAUGUCGCUGCACAACUUUGAAGAAGAUGGCAUGGGUCUUGGCACGGCGCUGCAAGGCGACCGCCUCGGCCGCACGCAAUUCCAGGGCCUCGCCAGCGUCCCGAUCGCCAAGGCCGACCCGGACAACCGUUGCAUGGGCCUCUUGCUGUACAGCGACCAAGUGGUCUUGCUGCCGCUCGACGACAAUGCAGCGACCGCCAACGUCAUUGACGACGACGACGAAGACGACGAGACCAACUACGAAGACCCGAGCCUCAAGCUCGAGGACCGUGCGCGCGCCGAGCAGUACGCGUCGACGCUGGCGACGUUUGGCCUCAACACGGUUGCCGGGCGCGCCUUCAUUCUGCGUCUCAAGGAGAUUGGUAUCCACGGCAAGGUCAUCGACAUGGCGUUCCUCGACGGGUACCUCGAGCCGACGCUCAUGGUGCUCCACGAAGAGAGCGACAAGCAAGCGACCGUCGGACGCUACGCCAUGGGCUACAACACGUGCUGCCUCACCGUGCUUUCGAUCAACCUCGCAACCGGGAUGCAUCCGAAGAUCUGGUCCAUCUUGCAGCUGCCGUCGGAUGCGAGCGCCGUCACGGCCUGUCCCGCGCCGCUCGGUGGCGCGGUCAUUACGACCCAGAACGCGUUCUUAUACUUCAACCAGAACCAGUACUUUGGCCUCGCGACCAACUCGAUCGCGGCCUCGAUCAUGGACGCGACCAAGUUGCCACUGCAUCGGUCGCUGCUCUUGCCGGACGAGUCGCUCCUCCUAACGAACGCGCGCCUCUCGCCGUUCCACGCGAUCGACGAGAUGCUCGUGUCGCUCGCCAACGGGAAGCUCUACGUGCUCUCGCUCCCGAGCCACAAGAGUCUGCGGCAAACCGGCUACUACGGCAACGCGGUCUGUCAAAUGAUGCUGCGGCCGCUGUGCAGCGACACGUUCACAACGUGCACGUCGCUGGCAGUCGACCCGACGACCCAAAUGAUCUUCUUGGGCACGCGCGACGGCAACUCGCAGCUCCUCACGUACACCAAUGACGUUUUACAAACCCCUGCCCAAGUAGAUGCAAGCAGUGCACAGCCCGAGGUCGAGGCGGCGCCUGUGCCCGUGCCCGACGACUUGGACUCGGACGGCGAAGAGAUCUAUCUCUACGGGCGUCUGCUGGACGCGCCGUCGUCGGCCGCCGACGCGUCCGCGUCCAAAGAGUCGAUGGCGGCUCUAUUGGCCAAGGCGUUUCCAUCCUACACGGUGCGCAUUGUUGACGAGCUGGCGAGCAUUGGCCAGGUGACGGCCAUGGACAUGGGCUUGGACCUCGAAGAAGACGAGGAGACGACUACCGUGCCCCGCGAUGAGCUCGUGCUGGGUGGUGGUUUCCUGCACCGCUCGUCGCUCUCGGUCGUACACCGGGGCAUUCGCCCGGUCGUGAGCACUGAAGCCGAGCUCGACGGGUGUCGCAUGCUCUGGACCAUCUACGGACGACCGGACGCUACGGACGGUCACGACCCGACCGCGCACAAGUACGUCGUGCUCUCGCUCAAGAGCAAGACGAUGAUCCUCAAGACGGGCGACGAGAUGGAGCCGAUCGAGGACGAGGCGAGCUGCGGCAUGUACCUCGAGGGCCCGACGCUCGCAAUGGCCAAUUUGCUCUCGCAUCAGCGAAUUGUCCAAGUGUUCAAGCUCGGCAUUCGGCUCUUGGAAGAGACCGCGGACGGUGUCUUGGAGUGCACACAGGAGAUUCCUCUGGACGCGGACCUCGACUGCGGCGGCCUGGGCGUCGACGAAAGCAUCGUCGUGGUUGCCGUCGAUGUCCUCGACCCGUACCUUGUCUUGCUGCUCAGCGACGGCUCGAUUCGCCUCGUCGCAGCAGACGCACGCGACAUGGACCUUACAGUCGUGCACCCGCAAGUGCACAUGUCGUCGACCGAGUCCAACAUUACCGCGCUCUGUUUGUUUCACGACUGGUCCGAAGUGUUUGCGCCCCGGGCCGCGACUGUCACGCCGUCCGACGACAUUGCGAUGGAGGACGACGAGAACGAUACGAUCGACCGGCUCGUCGCGGAAGAAGAAGAGCUCGAAGAGAUUUACAACGUGUCGGCCAUGCACACGGCCACGACGCACGUCGAAGCUGCUGCGUACGCUGCGACGCCGAUGCUCUCGGAAGCGAGUGCGACGAAACCCAUCUUUUGCGCGGUCUGCGACGACUCGGGCACGCUCAACAUCUACGCGCUGCCCGACUUUGAGCUCGUCGCGAGCUACCCGGGGCUGCACUUGGCGCCGCAGAGCCUUCUCAACGUCGUCGAGAUGCCAACUGCGUUUCCGCCCGUGGGCUUGACGCCGACGGAGGCGACGCGCAAGACAGCGCUCUACUCGCCGAUCGCGGACCUCAACAUCCACCGGGUCGGGCCAUCCGACGCGCGGAACGGCCAGCUCGUGGCCCAGAUGGUGCUCGUCGUGUACAUGGCCAACGGCGACCUCAUUCUGUACGCGGCGAGCCGUGACGGGAGCUUUGCCAAGCAGCAUGCGCAGUGCAUCACGCGCGGCCUCGCGCUCAAGAAGGAGACCACCGCCGUGCAUGUCAAGCAAGCGCUCAAGCUCUUCCGGUACCCUAUGCUCUGUCGGUACAGCAACGUCGGCGGCCACAGCGGCAUCUUCUUCCGCGGCGUCUCGCCCAUGUGGGUCCACAACGCCCGCGGCCGCGUCGGGCUCACGCCGAUGGCGGUCCCGACCUCGCGACGCAGCGCGGUGCCGGUGCUCGGCUGGACGGAAUUCCAACACUGGAACUGCCCCCAAGGCUUUAUGUACUACCACUCGGACGGCGUCCUCCGCGUCUGCGAGUGGCCUGCGAACGCGACCGUCGUCGGCAACGGCCAGUGUGUGCUGCAAAAGGUCCCGUUGGGGUCCAGCAUCCAUCACGUGGUGCAUGUGCCGUGCACGGGGGCUAGCGCCGUGCAAGAGGCGCUCAAGACACCCACGUAUGCGGUCGUUCUCUCCAAGUCGAUUGUGCCACCGUUCGAAGAAGAUGAAAAGGUCGAGGACGUGGUCGACGCCGAAGACGACGGGUACACGGCGCCCAAGCCGGGCGAGAUCCUCGACAACCUCACGUACGCCGACUUUACAGGGGUCAUGGAAGAGCAGUACGAACUGCGGCUCAUUCAGCACAGCGCGGCGUGCGAGUGGAAGCCGGAGGGUGUCUUCUCGCUGCCGUUUGAGCGCCACGAGACCGUGCUGAGCGUCCAGAUCAUGUACUUGGCCGACAUGCCCAACAUCCUUCCGGCCGACUGGAAGAUCAAACGCAAGCCGUACGUGGUCAUUGGCACGGGUAUCGUCGGUCCGAACGGCGAAGACGAGAACGGGAAAGGCCGGCUCUUGGUGUACGAGAUUGACUAUGCGCAGUACACGAACGUGCAAGGUGUCACGGGCAGCAAGGUGCCGAAGCUCAAGCUCACGUACGCCAAAGAGCACAAGCAAGGCGCGAUCUCGAUGGUCAAGCAGCUCGGCAUCUACGUGCUUGCGGCCGUCGGCUCCAAGCUCAUCGUGUACGAGCUCAAGAACAGCCAGCUCGUGGGCUGCGCCUUCUUUGACGCGCAGCUCUACAUUGUGAGCCUCAACGUGAUCAAGGCCACGUACAUCGUGUACGGCGACAUUUACAAGGGCGUGUACUUUCUCAAGUGGAGCCCGACCGAGAAGCGACUCGUGCUUCUGGCAAAGGACUUCGAGCACCUCGCGCUCUCGACCGCCGACGUCUCGGUGCUUGACACGCGUCUCGGGAUUGUGGCCGCCGACAUGCUCUCGAACGUCCACACGAUGCAGUUUGCGCCCGGCAACAUCGAGUCGCGCGGUGGCCAGCGCUUGCUUCGGACGGCCGACUUUCACAUUGGCGCCCGCGUCACGAGCAUGCUUCGGAAACGCCUCUUUGAGUCCAAGGUGACGACGUAUGUGACGCUGCUGGCGACGUCGGAAGGCAGCCUCGGCGUGCUCACGCCGGUCCACGAAAAGACCUUUCGCCGCUUGUACACGCUGCAGAGCAUCAUGAUCAACGCGCUGCCGCACAACGCGGGUUUGAACCCGCGCGAGUUUCGCCAGGCGCCGCACACGCGCCAAACCGGUCGGCCGGACGCGUGGUGCAGCUGGAAGGCCAAGAAGGCGUUUCUGGACAUGGCGGUGAUCGGGCGCUUCAUCGACCUCGACUAUGUCGCGCAGCGAGAGCUCGCCCGCUGCAUUGGCACGACGUCCGAGAUGGUCUUGCACAACCUCCUCGAGCUCCAACGAAGUGCGCUCUUCCUGUAA